GGUCCUCCUCCCAUCACCAUCACCACCGUCGUUCCUCUCACGAGUCCCGACACACGCAAACCGCACGAACCCUGGCUGGCGGCGGGAUGACGCGGCGGUGCUCGCACUGCAGCCACAACGGGCACAACUCGCGGACGUGCCCCAACCGCGGGGUCAAGAUCUUCGGGGUGCGCCUCACCGAUGGCUCGGCCAUCCGCAAGAGCGCAAGCAUGGGGAACCUCUCCCUCCUCUCCGCGGGGUCAACCAGCGGCGGCGCGUCGCCCGCCGACGGGCCCGACCUCGCCGACGGCGGCGGGGGCUACGCCUCCGACGACUUCGUCCAGGGGUCGUCCUCCGCCAGCCGCGAGCGUAAGAAAGGUGUUCCUUGGACUGAAGAAGAACACCGGAGGUUUUUGCUGGGAUUACAAAAGCUUGGGAAAGGUGAUUGGCGAGGGAUUUCUCGUAAUUUCGUGGUCUCAAGAACACCUACUCAAGUAGCAAGUCAUGCUCAAAAAUAUUUUAUACGUCAAUCAAAUAUGAGCAGAAGGAAGAGAAGGUCUAGCCUUUUUGACAUGGUGCCUGAUGAGUCCAUGGACCUUCCACCCCUUCCUGGAAGUCAAGAGCCAGAGACCUCAGUGUUAAAUCAACCACCACUGCCUCCCCCUGUGGAGGAGGAGGAGGAGGUGGAAUCGAUGGAGUCAGAUACUUCUGCUGUUGCGGAGAGUUCUGCAGCUUCAGCUCUUAUGCCCGAGAGUUUACAGCCUACCUAUCCGAUGAUUGUUCCAGCUUAUUUCUCACCGUUCUUGCAAUUCUCAGUUCCUUUCUGGCCAAAUCAGGAAGAUGGAGGUGAUCUGCCUCAAGAAACGCACGAGAUUGUCAAGCCUGUUGCAGUUCAUUCCAAGAAUCCAAUUAAUGUUGAUGAACUUGUGAGCAUGUCAAAGCUAAGCAUAGGGGAGCCUGGUCAGGAAACGGUGUCUACUUCUCUGUCGUUAAAUCUGCUGGUGGGUCAAAAUAGGCAGUCGGCCUUCCAUGCAAAUCCUCAAACGAGGGCUCAAGCUUGAUCCCGCUUCCGCACAGAAACUGCAUUAAGAAGGAUUCCCUCUCUUUUUUUUUUCUAUAUGUAAGAUUGACCGUGCUCUGUAGCUUGUAUCAUGUUGUAAGUUAUGCUAUGUAUGAAUGUACCUGUUGUUUGUCUGGCACGCAUGACAUGCCACUCAUGAUAACAAACUCAUAAUGUUAGUGCUGAUCUUUAUGGUUGUAAUGUUGUAAACUUUUCUGAGAGAAAAAAACGUACUAGCCAGUUGUUUUC